UUUUUAAUGAAAGGGUAAUGAAUCAGAGUGGAUGAGCUGACAAGAAAACAAAGCGAGGGAGGAGGGCAAACUGUGCUCUCAAAUCUCAAUGGCAACGGGUCUUUUCUUUCCCUCUCAUUCUCUAUCUACUUCUUCCCAUCUCUCUCUCCUCCCAAACCCUUCCCACUUCAGGAACAGGACUAGGGCUGAUUUGGGCCCCAAGAAAUUUAGAGUAGUUGAGAAAGCGGUAGUAUGUUCAUGCGAUCCUUCCACUCCGAACCCCACCUUGCAAAAUGAGUUUUUCUUGAGAAGGGAAUUAAUGCUUUCUGGGUUGUCUUCUCCACUUGCUUUGGUCUUUCCGCCUUCAGGGUUCAGUGCCACAGAAGAAGUGAAAAUGGCUUCUAUGGUCGAUGAUACAAAUGCUUAUUCUUACCUCUACCCCGUACAACCGCCAUCUAAAAAGAUUGUCUUCAAAUGGGUGGAAUCAAGAAAGCCAGAGCGAUAUUCAUCGGCCGCACCACUAUCUCCUGAUGCACGUCUACGAAUUGUAUCCGAGCGUGUGGAUAUUGUUGAUAAUCUCAUCAUUUCGGUUAUGAUAGGUCCCCCAAAUGCAGAGUUUUUGAAAUUGAAGGACAAGAGCACAUGGAGUGCAAAAGAUGUUGCUGAUUCUGUUUUAGCGGACAAGUCAGCUUUGCGUAUCACCUCAAGUCAACGGAUGGCUGCAAGUUCAGUUCUUGAUGCACAUUCUUCUGAUGUUGAUGGGGAGCCGUAUUGGUAUUAUGAAUACCUCAUUCGCAAAUCACCAACCAAAACUGCUCCGGAGUCAAACCUUUAUCGGCACUACAUUUCUUCAACUGCUGAACGAGAUGGUUAUUUGUACUCUCUCAGUGCUUCAACUCUUAGCAAGCAAUGGGAUGUGAUGGGACCUUUCUUGGAGAAAACUGCAGCUUCUUUUCGCCUUCUCCCUCCCACAGAAAACUAUGUUCCUCCAUACAAAGAUCCAUGGAGAUUUUGGUGACAGUGAUAGUGUUUAUUGUAAAAUCAUCGUUGUCAAUUCAACUGUAAACAUGAGAAAUUUUGAGCAGUAAAAUUCGUAGGAGAAUCUUGCGAAUUGCAGAAUUUGAGUGUCCUUUCUUAUCUCUGCUUGAAAUAUAUUGCCCAUUUUCGGCUUUAAAGAU